GAAGCCAGUAAUCCUUCGGAAAAUGUGACUACAGCUAAAACCUUGUCAGUCGGUGUCUUGAUAAGAGAACCCUUAUCUAAACGUAUCCUCCACAGCACGUGUAUCAUAGAGGCUGCUAUUACCGGAGCCGCUUGUCUUAUCAACUACAAAUUUGCAUUUGAAAAAAAUGAGAAGUUCAACAUAACACUGCGUCUCCUCCUCAUUGUUAGACAGAGCCUUCUCCUGUACGCAGAUGGCUGAGGUGCUGACUCGUCCUAAAUGGGUUCUUUGAGAUUAACAAAGAUGAGCUGAGAUGAAUCUCCCCUCAACAAUUUGGGAAUGCAUACUCAUACUUCUCUUCAAUUUUUCCAUCCAGCGUUGCCCGCUGCUCCCUGCUGGCUGCCAGCAUUUCAACGAACUUGGCUACCUGACAGUAGAGCCAGCCCCGCUCUUCCUCGUGGGUUCAAACCUGACAGUGUACUGCCACACCACAGAAUGUCAACCGAGGUCCACAAUAUCCCUGGAGCUGAACGGUGAGGCUGUCAAGGCUCAGAAGAAAUUCAACUGCACCGUGGUGAUGUUUAAUCUUCCCAGGGUCUGGGUGCCACAAUCUCAAGUGGUCUGCAAGCUGAAGAAGGAUCAGUUGUCUUUUAUUGUGAAUGGACUGGACCUACAUGGUGGGCUCCCUCCAGAUAAGCCUGAAAAUAUUUUCUGUGAAACAACGAGGUCAGACUUUAUAAACUGUUCAUGGGAGCGUGGAAAGGAAACGCACCUCUCUACUAACUACAGCAUUUCAGUCAACAGAGAAAAUGGGACCCAGAUACAUUCAGCUCAGAUCCAGGAUGCUGAAGCAAUGACAAUACCACAAGGAAUUUUAGAUGAAAACACUAAGUACCAGCUGUUCGUCACUGCUUACAACCACUUUGGAGCAUCUCAGUCUGAUCCAUUUAUCGUGCGUGUAAAGGAUAUUGUGAUACCGGAGACCCCUCAUAUUACAAGGAUAGAGUUUGGGAACAGCUCCAUAGCAGCCGUGUUGCAGUGGAAAACCACUGAAUCCUCAGUGCACCUCAAACCGUACAUCCGGCUCCGCGCAUGUAAUGGUUCCUGGGAAGUGAGAGAGGGAGCAGAGCUCAGUGAUGGUUUGAUAAGAGCAGACGACUUGAGGCCUCUGACUGAAUAUGAGUUCCAGAUGAGAACAUGUAACUCAGCAUCAGGGCUGACCCAUGCCAGCACGCCCAGCUCCAUGCCCAGGUCGACCUCCAGCAAAAGGUCACUCUGCAGCAGAUGGAGCCCACCUGUGAUGGGAAGAAGCCCCGGAAAAGCUCCAUCUCAGCAGUUGCAUGUGUGGAGGAUGUUCAGCAGCCUCCAGCCAAAUGGGCAGCGGAUGUUGACUGUCUUGUGGAAGCCUCCACCUCCAGAGGACCACAGUGGCAAGGUGCAACAAUACAAAAUCUUUCUGGCUAAUGAUCAGAAACGAGAAGUGACCUGUCCUGCGACACCCAGCCAGUGCUUGGUUCAGGUAUCAGCAGAGGUUCAGGCACUUACCGUCAGUGCUGUCACUUUAUAUGGGUCAUCUCCACCAGCGUAUUUGCCACUCACACACUCAGGUGUUUCUGGACCUGUUCUGAGAGAGUUGGCUCCUGCAGCUAGUGGCAGUGCUGUGCUCGUCUCCUGGUUGUGGCCGAGGCCCGAACACCGGGCUGCAACUGGAGGAGAACUGAUGCGCUAUGUGGUGGAGUGGAUAAGUGUUCCCGCGACACAGCUGCAGUGGCAACAGCUGGACAAAAACCAAAACAACAUGUCCAUCACAGGUCUGACUGCAGGUGUGAGGUACAAUAUCUCUGUGUAUGCUGUGACCACCAGAGGUGUCAGUGCUCCAUCAUCCGGCCUGGUCUACUCCAAAGAACAGAAACCAAAGUCUGGUCCCAACAUGUCCGUGCCAGUCCAUGAGGCCAGGCGGAUCCUGAUCCUGUGGGAUGAGCUGCCUGUAGACCAGCAGAGGGGCUUCAUCACAAACUACACCCUCUAUGUCCAGACGCUGUACUCCAGCAACCCAGCACGGCGUGUGACGCUGCCUGGCUCCGGCCCCAGAGAGAUGUGGCUGGACUGUCCUGAAGGAGCUCUGGCUCUGCAGCUGACUGCAUCCACCUCAGCAGGAGAAGGGCCGUGGGGGAUCCAGAUCUCCUCUCAGCCUGCAGCUCCUGCAGUUGGCCUGGUGAUUGUGAUUGUUUUCAUCUUUGCCCUCUUCAUAGCGAUCAUAGCCAACCUGAUGUGCUGGAGUUGUGUGAGGAAAAGGAUUAAACAAAAAUGUAUAUCCUGGGGACCUGCCUGGCUUGUUGAAAACCUACCAAAACCUGGAAAUAGUAAUGCCAUCAGACUGCUGAAGCAGGACGACAGUGAACUAUCCUUCUCAUCCAGCCACAGUGACCCUCCGCUGUGCCCCAUUAGUUUGAUCUCCUCUGAGGAGAGGGACGACAUGUAUCCCAUCAUCCAUGUCAAAGUAUCCCAGACUGGAUCAGGACAACCCAUGGCAGAGACACCUUUAUUAGCAUCAGAUACCAGGACAGUGCUUGUUGACAGCCAGCUGGAUCAUGUCAGCUACAAACCUCAGAUUGCUACAUUGGCUCCACAAGGAGAGGAGGUGAAGGAGACAGAAGAGGAGCAAAGGGACAUACCAGCAAGUGAGAAGGAGGACUUUUGUUCGAGUGCAUUUGGUGGAUUACUGGGAGGCUUGUUGUCCAGUGUGGAGGUGGAUUUCUCUGAUUCGCCCCUGGGACCCACUCUCAGCUCUGUUGGUGGCCUUUUGUGGCCUAAAACACCUGAAACAAGUGUCCUGAAUAGAGGCUUCUUAGCGGAGAAGAGGGGGACUGACUCUCCCUCUUUGGAGUUAGAACAGAGUGAUAUAAUGACUCCUGACAUGGCCGACAUUUGUUUGUCUCAGUUUACCAUUGAAACAACUCUGAUUGGUGGUUACUUCCCUCAGGUAACUGCUGUCAGCAGCACUCCACUCUGCGACACACAGAGGUAGCUGCGAUGAUGGGAAUGACACAAACAGGACAAUCUGCACUACUAAACUGACUUUCAAGAGAGCAUUACUCAAGCACCACUUCACCUACUGUAUACUGUUAAAAACCAAGUUAAUAAAGGGCAAAAAUGUAUAGAUCGAGUUUGAUUGAAGGACAUUCUAAUAAAUGUGUACCAAUUCCUCA